AUGGCGCUCUUGCAGCUAAAACAUGCCGGGACUUCAGUUCAGGCCCGUACGCAAGCUAUGCAUUUGCGCCGCUCGAUCCUUCAGCAAGCCAUAGAGUCAUCCAACUUUACUUAUUUACACGAAGUGAAGGGACAUCGUUCGUGUAUCAAUGCUUUGGCAUUUUCGCGUGGCUCUGGACAAUGGAUGGCUAGCGGUGGGGAUGAUAUGCGUAUUCAUGUACGCGACUUGUAUGACUUUGACGAGCAGCGUGCAGGGCCGCCAGAAACCAGUACGUAUCGGACGCUCGCUCGCCUCUUUGGUCAUACAUCCAACGUAUUUUCACUUUCAUGGAGUGCACAAAAUAAGUACUUGUUUUCCGGUGGGAAUGACCAAAUGGUACUUUGCUACGACCUGAAUUACGACAACAUUCCCAUCCACAAAAUUACACCCCGGAUUGAACGCCACACACCCACACUCACGUACUCCGUGCACGAAUAUGGCAUUCGCGAGGUGUCUACGCAUCCAACUAAUACGAAUUUGGUUCUUUCAUCGAGCGAUGGUGGCGAUGUUCAUCUUGUGGAUGUGCGACUGCCCCAUCCACAUACUGCGCACUCGUACUAUUUUCGGGGUCAGGUGGCUUCGUCUCAAUGGAAUCCCAAUCCCGGUGAUGGGACGACAUUCGCGGUCGCAUCCUCUCACGAUCCAAGUGCGUAUGUGUCUUUGUAUGAUGUACGCAAUUUGUCUGAUAGGAACGAGCGUCUUAUCCGCUCAUCCGAUGCUCUUGUACGGUACGCUACGCAGCUGCGGUCAAAGCUACCUUCGGGCUUGGCCAUGGCACGUCCGGACCCUACAGGUGCUCAGUUUGAUCCUUCCGGUCGUUUCUUGACUGCUGAUAUGUCUCUUUAUCUCCCGACAUUAUAUGCUGUUAACGACUCUGAGCCGUUAGCGACAAUGUCUUCCGAGGCUUUGCGUACCCAUCUUAGUUCUCAUGAACCUGGGGGAAGUCCACGCACAAAUGCAUUAGCCGGCUAUAAGAACAGCUGCACGGUCAAACGAGGCUCGUUUGGAUUUGAAGCGCAGUCAGGUGAGUUAUAUUAUGUGGCUGGUUCAGACGAUUUUCGCGGCUACGGUUGGCGCAUUCCCCAGCUCGAAAAACUUCUCGAUGAACGCCGUUCGAUUUCUUAUAAUGACUGGCUUGUCAGCGAUUCUGUUGGUACAGGUGAUGUAUGGUUUAAGAGCACGAGUAGCUCGACGCCUACGAUGCUUCGUCCUACGGAGCUUGGGUUACCAGCAUUCACGCUUGAGGGUUCACGCUCUAUUGUCAAUUCUACUCUAUGUCAUCCCACACUCCCCAUGAUUGCUACUGCAGGCAUUGAGCGCCUCGUGCGUUUGCACUAUGCAACGCCUAUGUCUUUACAGCACAUGCGUGAUGACUGGCAUAAACUGCGCCCCAUCACACGUCCAAGGGUCCGAACAGCCAACAUGACCGCUGUUCUUCGGGCAAUGCGACGUGCACAACGCUUUUCUCUAGACUCGGACUCGGAUUCUGACGCAGCAACAGAUUGGGGCGUAUCCAACCCAUCGCUACACGUGGAUGGUCAUUUAGACACGGCUUCGCAUCCUGAAGCAGAGAAUACCGGUGUCAUUUCCACUACAACACAUGCGCCGACGUCUGCCGAACUGGCGGACGAGGAGGCCAUUGCACUAUUUGACGAGCUGUUGUGUGAAGAAGAAGAUCGCUCGAUCUUUUCACGGAUUGAUCGGAGCUCGGACUCUGAAGAUGACAGUGAAAUUGAGAGUGACUAUGAAAAUGGUGACGGCUUUGAUGGAUACACUGUCACUAGCACGGAAGCGGAAGUAGACGAUGUCACCGACUCAGAGUCCAAUUCUGAGCCACCUCACAUCGAUGUCGGAGCGCUUGAAUUUCUCUUGGAGUCGGACGAGUCCGACCCGUGA